UUGGUGGUCCCUAUGUAGACUUGUCCACAGCUGCAUGGCAUACGGUAGACUCCUGCAAAGGUGAGAGGAUCCCUUUUGUCUUUUGCUGAAUGUAGCAUUCGUUAGAUUUUCUUAGUGGGUCUGUAGAUAGUUUGUAGGUUGUGUUUCUUCAUCAGCUUGCCUAUGCGGUCAGUGGUAGUAAGAACACUUUUCCUCUGGGUGGAUCUUUGUCUUUCCUCUCUUGUUCUUGGCCUUGCAGCUCUUCUGAUGUCUGUGGUGUAGUCUCCAUUGGCCUGUAGUAGAGCCCAGUUGAGGUGGCUCAGUUCACCUUGGAGGAGGUGGGACUCGCAGAUUUUUUUUUUGCACGGUCUGUGCUUCUUUUUGACUUGGGUGAUGACCUGGGCCUAGUUCCCAACAGACCUCACAACCUCUGAGGAUGCCUGCCAUACAUGCGGGCGAAACGUCGGGAGAAAAUGCUUCUGGAACAUGGCCACACAGCCCGGAAAACCCAUAGCAAAGCAGAUUGUGCUUGUAAGCAAGCUUUGAUGGGAAUGCCAGGGGUUUUUCUCCACUGUAAUCCCUUGGAUUGCCGCUGCUUGGCUCUCCUCUACACCAAGGACGCGCCGCCCCGCUUUCCAUCCGCAGCACCGCAGAGGAACCAACCCCCCUCCAAAACACACACAGAGACACCGGAUUACCGCGAGCUCCGCUUUGCUUUGCCCUCCAGGGAUCAAACCCCCUUCCUUCCCUUCCCCUUCUUUUGGCGGGGCCUUGGAGAGUGGAGGGGAUGGGGAGAGGGAAGGGGAGGCCGGCCAGAGCCGCAGUGGAGCCAUAAACCUCCUCCUCCUCCACUGCGCGCUCCCGCUGGAUGCGUUGUUGCCUUGCGCGCCCGCGCCGCAGCCCGUGGAUGGCGAGGCGGCUGGAGGGGGUGCUUCCCCCUUGAGCCUGGCUCUUUCGGGGGCGCCCCGUCCUCCCUUCCUUCCUCCUUCCUCGCCAGCGUCAUGCCCAACCCAAGCGGCCUCGACAAGGCGCUGAAGAUGUCCCUGCCCAGGAAAACCAAGAUCCACUCGGCGGCCGGACCCAUUUGCUCCUCUUCGGGCUACAAGAAGGCGGACGAUGCCAUGUCCGGGGCCACGUCCUCUGCGGACCAGGAGGAGGCAGCAGCCCGCACCAUUUACUUGAACCAGCCCCAGCAGAGCAAGUUCACCGACAACCGGGUCAGCACAGCCAAGUACAGUGUGGUGACAUUUCUACCUCGAUUCUUGUAUGAACAGAUCAGAAAAGCUGCAAAUGCUUUCUUCCUCUUCAUUGCCUUACUGCAGCAAAUUCCAGAUGUCUCUCCAACUGGAAGAUAUACCACCUUGGUGCCAUUGAUAUUCAUUCUCACAGUUGCUGGCAUUAAGGAAAUUAUAGAAGACUAUAAAAGACACAAGGCUGACAGCACAGUGAACAAAAAGAAAACAAUAGUGUUAAGAAAUGGAAUGUGGCAGAAUAUUAUGUGGAAAGAGGUGGCAGUGGGAGACAUUGUGAAGGUCACCAAUGGGCAGCACCUCCCAGCAGACAUGAUCAUUUUGUCUACCAGUGAACCUCAGGCAAUGUGCUACAUUGAAACAUCUAAUCUCGAUGGAGAAACUAAUCUUAAAAUACGACAGGGGUUGACACAGACGGCAAGUCUGCAGUCGAGAGAAGAGUUGAUGAAGAUAACUGGGAAGAUAGAGUGUGAAGGUCCUAACCGUCAUCUUUAUGACUUCACUGGGAACUUGCGUAUAGAUGGCCAAAGUCCAGUCCCAAUUGGACCUGACCAGAUUUUACUAAGAGGUGCACAGAUAAGGAAUACUCAAUGGGUUUUAGGAGUAGUUGUCUACACAGGACAUGAUACAAAACUUAUGCAGAAUUCAACCAAAGCUCCCUUGAAAAGAUCAAAUGUGGAAAAAGUGACCAAUAUGCAGAUCCUUAUUUUGUUUUGCAUCCUCCUCGUCAUGGCUUUAGUGAGCUCUGUGGGUGCCUUACUGUGGAACAGAACACAUGGAGAUGACAUUUGGUACUUUGGCUCCAAUGAAAUGUUGUCUGUCAAUUUUGGAUACAAUCUGCUCACCUUCAUCAUCUUGUAUAACAACCUCAUUCCCAUCAGUCUGUUGGUGACUCUGGAAGUUGUGAAGUUUACUCAGGCUCUUUUUAUAAACUGGGACAUAGAUAUGUAUUAUAGUGAAACAGACACACCUGCAAUGGCCAGAACUUCAAAUCUUAAUGAGGAACUUGGCCAGGUAAAAUACCUGUUUUCAGAUAAAACAGGAACCUUAACAUGCAAUAUUAUGAACUUCAAGAAAUGUAGUAUUGCUGGAGUAACCUACGGUCACUUUCCAGAACUGGCAAGAGAAUGUUCAUCAGAGGACUUCAGCCAGCUUCCUCCUUCCACCAGCGAAUCUUGUGAAUUUGAUGACCCAAGACUGCUGCAGAACAUCGAGAGUGAGCAUCCCACAGCAACUCAUAUCCGAGAGUUCCUCACCCUCCUGGCUGUAUGUCACACUGUGGUUCCAGAAAGAGAUGGAGAAAAAAUAAUCUAUCAGGCCUCCUCUCCAGAUGAAGGAGCUUUAGUCAAAGGAGCAAAAAGACUUGGCUAUGUCUUCACUGGAAGGACUCCUGAUUCUGUCAUCAUUGAUGCGCUAGGAAAAGAAGAGUCAUACGAGAUCCUUAACGUGUUGGAAUUUUCCAGUAACAGAAAAAGAAUGUCUGUGAUCGUCCGGACUCCAGCAGGAAAGCUACGUUUGUACUGCAAAGGAGCUGAUAAUGUCAUUUUUGAAAGACUGUCCAAAGAUUCCCUGUACAUGGAGCCAACACUAUGUCAUCUGGAAUACUUUGCUACUGAAGGUUUGAGAACUUUGUGCAUUGCAUAUGCAGACCUAUCUGAAAAUGCUUACCAGGAUUGGUUGAACGUAUAUAAUGAAGCCAGCACAAACCUGAAAGAUAGAGCUCAAAAACUGGAGGAGUGCUAUGAAAUCAUUGAGAAGGAUUUAUUCCUUCUUGGUGCUACAGCUAUUGAGGAUCGCCUUCAAGCAGGUGUCCCAGAAACAAUAUCCACUCUAAUGAAAGCAGAAAUCAAGAUUUGGGUACUAACAGGGGACAAGCAAGAAACAGCUCUCAACAUAGGUUAUUCGUGCAAGCUUGUGUCUCAGAGUAUGUCUCUCAUCCUUGUGAAUGAAGAUUCUUUGGAUGCAACAAGAGCUGCCCUGACCCAACACUGUGCAAACCUGGGAGAUUCAUUGGGCAAAGAAAAUGAUAUUGCAUUGAUUAUUGAUGGCCAGACUCUGAAGUACGCCCUUUCCUUCGAAGUCCGGCAGUCCUUCCUGGACCUAGCACUGUCCUGCAAAGCUGUGAUCUGCUGCAGGGUGUCUCCUUUGCAGAAGUCUGAAAUAGUAGACAUGGUAAAGAAGCAUGUGAAUGCCAUCACGCUGGCCAUCGGCGAUGGUGCCAAUGACGUAGGAAUGAUCCAGACGGCUCAUGUUGGAGUAGGGAUCAGCGGCAAUGAAGGCAUGCAGGCGACCAACUCCUCCGAUUACGCGAUAGCACAGUUUUCCUAUCUGGAGAAGCUAUUACUUGUCCAUGGAGCCUGGAGUUACAAUCGAGUGACGAAAUGCAUACUUUAUUGCUUUUAUAAGAAUGUGGUUCUCUAUAUUAUUGAGCUUUGGUUUGCCUUCGUUAAUGGAUUUUCAGGGCAGAUUUUAUUUGAGCGCUGGUGCAUUGGCCUCUACAAUGUGAUUUUCACAGCGUUGCCUCCCUUCACCUUGGGAAUCUUUGAACGAUCAUGCACUCAAGACAACAUGCUUAGGUUUCCCCAGCUCUACAAAAUUACGCAAAAUGCUGAUGGGUUCAAUAGCAGGGUAUUCUGGGGCCACUGCAUCAAUGCCUUGAUCCACUCCGUCAUCCUCUUCUGGUUUCCACUGAAAGCACUAGAACAUGCUAUAUCUACCAGGAGUUGCAGUCCAAGAACAUCCAAAGGGCUGUGCAGUUUUCAUUCCUAAUUUAUCUGAAUCCAAUUCUUCAACACAUGUAUUUGGGAGUAAGACCUAUUGAACUAAGCAAGCAUUAUUUCUCAUUCAGUAUGUUUGAGAUUAUACUGUCAGUCUCUUAUCUACCCACAUUCAGAGAGAGAGAGAAAAAGAGAUCAACAACAAAAACAAGUGUGGAAUCUUCUUUUUUUGGUCUAUUUUCAAAUGAAGCAUACAGGGGCAGGGAGAUAAACAAUCUUUUCUUACAAGAAAAAAGGAAGAUAUCUAAACAUGAAAAGCAUUUUGCUAGUAGUGCAUGCUUUAAAAUGGUAUAGAAUUUCAUAUUUCAAAAGCUUUGAUUCUGUAUUUUUAACAAGCCAGCUUCAUACGUAGCAUGUUUGGAAUAAAGUGAGUUGCUGAAGGAAUGAUCCACCCAGUCUAUAAAAGGUUGCCAUUUUCUGUAGAAUUUUUGUUGGUGUCCGAAGGAGGACCUCCUGCCAAUCACUUUGUCUCAGAUAAAGAAGCCAUUUUUAUGUUGAUAGCUAUUUUGAAUUUCCUAAAAUUCAGAAAGCACCUCCAAACAGAGCUUUCAAGGAAAAAUAAAAUAUUAGCUGUAUAAAUUCUGUUACCUUCAGAAUAAUUUUGUUCUACCCACAAAAAACAGGUGAAUCAAAACAGCUUAUUUCAUGUUUGGUGAAACAGCAUUGCUUUCUCUAUAUUAUACUUGAUGUAUCAGUUGACAGUGGAAGGAAUACCAUAGGAAAAGUGUGUCACCAUGUAAAUAAAGCUCUAUAAAAUGACUGGGAGCCCUUUCACAUUCCAGUUUACACUGCUUUAACUUUAAUUGCCAGGGUUGCAUUCUGUGGAAUGUUGGGAUUUAUUGGCACUAGAGUUCUCUUGCUGGGAAUUCUAAGUGUCCUUCCAUGAACUAUGGAUAUGCGAUCCAUUAAAUAAAAUGGCUCAAAAGUCAUUACAAAACUGGGGUCAUUUCAUUUCUGAAGUGUUUCUAAAGUAUAGUUAGUGAAAAUUUUGUUACUAUAAUUACUAUAAUUGAGGAAAAUUCAGGGGCUCCUUUCUCCCACAUUUUACAGCUAUUGGGUGAAACUCACUACAGUGGUAGAAUAUAUGUACGUACCACUCUUAGCCCACCAUAUAUCAGAACGUUUCACUUAACCACAGAUUUUUGGGUUUAUAUAAACAACAUUUUUUAAAUAAUAAAGAAAAUAUGUUCCUUGUUUGAAAGUAUUAUUUCCUGUUUAAUUGUGUAGUCCUUACUUUUAAAGUAGUGGUUCUAUACCGGCAACUUUGUUUUUGCACCAAAAACUUUGUUAAUGGGUGGGAUGACGAUGUUAAAUUGGUGGAUUGCAUAGCAAAAUGUGCUAUAACACAAUGUCCCUCACACAAAGGCAAAGUGUUUGCAAUUUAAUAAACUUUCACCAUGUUUUAAUGAUAGAACAAAUUAGGAAAUGGCAUUUAUAAUCCAGGAACAAAAACCAUAGUGUAGAAACCAUCAAAACACCCCCAACAGAUGGCCAUUCUGCCCCUGGAUAACAACAACAACAACAGCAGCAGCAGCAACAACAACAACAACAACAACAACAACAACAACAACAACAACAACAACAUGUUCCACUUUGAAAGUGUUUAUUCCUAUUUAAUUGUGUAGUCCUUACUUUGAAAGUAGUAGUUCUACUCCAGGAACUUUGUUUUUGUGCCAAAAACUUUGUUAAUGGGUGGAUGAUUAUGUUAAGUUGAUGGACUGGAUAGUAUACUACAGCAAAAUGUGCCAUAACACAAUGUCCUUCACACAAAGACAAAGUUUUUGCAUUUUAAUAAACUUUCCCCAUGUUUUUAUGAUAGAACGAAUUAGGAAAUGACAUGUAUAAACUAGGAGCAAAAAUCAUAGUGUAGAAUGUUCACUAAUUUAUUGGAGCUCUGGCUGGCUACGGAGGGGAGGGACAAAUCUCUCUGAUGCUGAACACUGCAUUCUGGUAAAUGUAUUUUAGGGCAGGGCCUUUUGAAUUCGCUGCCAUAGGGCUCCUCCCUUCCCAAACUACAUUUCCCAGAGUUCUGUGCUGUUCCCAGCAAACACUGCUCCCUCUUUUCCGGUUCCUAAUGGCGAGACUCCUUUAAUUUAUAGAGGAAAGGCAAGACACCAAGUCAGCCUUUUUGGUUUGGCUUGGCUUUGCUUCCUUGUGCUGAAUAUGAAACUGAUUUUGGGAGCCUUCUGAGAUUUAGAAAAAUAAAAUGAAAAAGUAAGGGGCAAGUUUCUAUUCUUAAAUUUUUGGCAUGGGCCACGCCCUCGUAUCGGAUGUCACUUUGUAAGUACAAAUUUAACAAAUUUGAUUUGAAUUAUGAGGACUAAUGAAAAAAUUCAUACUGCCACCAUGAACUACAAAUCCUAGGAUUCUACAGGACAGACCAAUGACACUUAGGACUUAUUGCACAAGGCAGGCAAACCGGCAUUGCAGCUGGACCAUCAUAUUCAUAGACAGUAGCUAUUGUAUCCCAUUUCUAGGUUGCCUCCUUCGUCCCUGAAUUUGUUGGAAUGCAGUAAUGCUCUGCAAAAGAAGAAUGUAAUAUGAUGGUGGCAAAAUAACAGAUAGGGUUUAGCUGGUAUGGGUAACCUAAAACUUUUUUUCUAUCAUGCCCCACUAUGUGGCAUAGACUGAUAUUCUCAGGCUUUCCUCACCUCUCAUUCUCAUUAUGCUUCCAUUCUUGAACAUUUCCCUCUUAGGCUCCUUAGGAUGUAGACAGACUAGAAUAGGUCCCUGCUCCUUGCCUAACAGAUAACAAAGUACAGUAGAGUCUCGCUUAUCCAACCUUCGCUUAUCCAGCAUUCUGUAUUAUCCAACGCAAUCUGCCUUUUAGUAGUCUAUGUGUUUGUAGUCAAUGUUUUCAAUACAUUGUGAUGUUUUGGUGCUAAAUUCAUAAAUACAAUAAUUACUACAUAAUGAUACCAUGUAUUGAACUGCUCUUUCUGUCAGUUUAUUGUAAAACAAAAUGUUUUGGUGCUUAAUUUGUAAAAUCAUAACGUAAUUUGACAUUUAAUAGACUUUUCCUUAAUCUCUCCUUAUUAUCCAACAUUUUCACUUCUCCAAUUUUCUGCUAGCUUGUUUAUGUUGGAUAAGCGAGACUCUACUGUACUCUUAAUAAAGAUUACUUUAGUUCCUUAACUACUGAUGUGCUUUGCUCCUUAAAUGGCCAUCUCACACUCGUUCCGCCACCAAAUCAAUGUUACAUCCAUUAAUAGAUUCUCCCUUCCCUAAGUAUUGACAGAUAAAUCCAUCAAUAACUAUCCUGCUACAUUACAUCAUCUACCUUAGUGCAAUGGGUCGCCUGCAGUUCUGUACCAACAUGCCAGCAGUCAUGUGAUAUCAUUGGGUAGUAGGGUGACCAACUUUUGGACAUUAAUUUAAGGGAGAUUUAGUGAUGUCACCAGCUAAGAGACCCCAUAAGCUCUGCCCCUUUCCUCACCACAGGAGUGGUUCUUUGAAUGGUUCAGCAAACAGCAGGCACUGGCCAUCCCUACAGAUACGAAUGCUGAAAUUGUGCAAUCACUCUAAAAGUUAAAAAAAAAAUGGAUGGCAAGUCAUGUUGAGUUGGGAAUAAGGAAGGAAGCAGGUCGGAUGGGUUAUAGAGGUUAUGCAGAAGACUGAUUGCAGGACCACGGAUUAGUGAACCAGUGCAUUUGAGCUAGUGAAAAGAGGUGCAAUAUUGAAGGUUCUCAAGUCAAUAUAUAUCCAUUAUCUACACAAAUGUCACUAUUGGUUGAUGCACUGAAGUUCUUAAAGUAAAAUCAUAGUGAUCUAAUUGUGUAAUGUGAAAUAAUAAUAAAUAAUAAUAAAGCUCAGGAGACUCAGGGUGGCAUGCAACAAGAGAAAACAAUGUACAUAAUAUCAGUCCCACUCACAAUCCAAAAAAGAUUAAAUUGAAACAAAUAAAUCAAAACAGACAAAUCAGAAUACAGAGAAGAAAAAUAAAUCCCAAUAAAUGUAUUAAUUAUAAAUCAGGUUAGUUGAGCUUCUCUGAAGUUAUAUAGACAUAGCAAAUAUAUAUAUACAUAGAAUUCAUCCUGUAUUAAUUCUUUCACUUAAGAUUGUUUUAACAUAUUUAUAAGCCAACUUCCACAAUAGCCAUCAAAUUAAUGAUUAAAUCAAAUCUUACUGAUUUUAGAAUUAGAAGCCCCAGAUAUUUAAAUUGGAUUUGAUACAUAAAUAUUUUAAAUACCAAUACAUUUUCAGCUUAGGAAUAAAAAACCUUGGCUGUUUUUACUGUUCAGGGAGAAAGAGGGAUAUAGGCUGUCUAUCUUCCUUUGUAUUUGAGAGUACACUUUUAAGAAUCCCAGAUGAAACGAAAUGUGUUAUUCACACUGGCAUGUCCUUUAACCUCUCCAGUUCUUUGGAUGCAGUGUGCAUAUGUGCAAUGAAUGGGCAUUUGUGUUGCCUUGCAAAAAAGUGUUUGUAGCAUAUCUUGAGUAUCUCUGUCAAUCGUAUGGGAAAGAAACCUUUCCAGGAGUCUAAGAUUCUAAAAGAGCAAAGCCAUGAUAUUACAAAGUGCAGCACCAAGACUGAAGCAUGGCAUUGAAAUUCUCUUUAAAAAUAUCUAGACUUUCUACAUGACAUUUUUAAAAACUUAGAAAAAUUACUUUUUGGUCCAGAUAACAAUUACAGUGUUUCAAUGAAGAACUGAAUUGGAGAGAGUCUCAUCUAGAAAGAAUUGUAGAUGACAGCUUUUAGUUGUCAAUCAUUUUUACAUCUAAUCUCAUUUAGGAUCAGUAAGGACCCUGUCAAGUGGGUUAUUUUUCAAGUGGUAAUGGUCACUGAUAGUAAUUGCUCAAGGCUAUUAAUCAAAAGUGAGGUUGUGAUAAAAUGUGUAAAGAUUGAACUGACUGAAUUCACAGAUAGGGUGCAAAAAUUAUGUUUCUCAAAUUGUUAAAUUAUUCACUUGUGACAUUCUGAAGACUAGCAGAUUUAUUCUGGCAAGGGCUUAUUGGAGGCACUGAUCUAACAGAUAUGUGAGGAGUGUUUAUCCACGUACCUUAAACUAGAUCGCACUUUAAACUAGAUCCACUGGGGGAGGGGAACAACAGCCUUGCAAACUGUAUUUUACCCACGACCACGGGGAAUCGCCAAGAGGCUAAAUUGAGGGUUGCACAAACAUAACAAGGACCAAGUACCGAAAGCACAAUAAUCCCAAAUAAACAGCUCAGGGGAAGGUCUCACGGACUUACAUGUCUUUACACUAAUGCACAGAGCAUGGGAAAUAAGCAAGACAAACUUCAACUUUUAGCACAACACCACACUGAAACCUGGUGGGAUGACUCUCAUCACUGGAAUGUAGCCAUCAAGGGCUAUAACCUCUUUCACAGAAAUAGAACAAAGGGGAGAAGAUGGAAGUAGCUUUAUAUGUCAAAAAUAGUCAGGUUGCAGAAGAAAUGCAAGACUGCAAUCCGGGAAACCAGCUUGAAAGCAUCUGGAUAAGAAUCAAGGGAACUGGGACUCAAAAAGAUCUCGCUGUGGGUGUCUACUACAGACAUUCGAGCCAGGAUGAAGGACUUGAUGAAACCUUCUGUCAUCAGUUGACCAAACAGGCACAAAGAAGAGAUAUAGUAGUCAUGGGUGAUUUCAACUAUCCUGAUAUCUAAUGGAAAACAAACUCGGCCAAGAGUACAAAGUCCAAUAAAUUCCUCGCUUGCCUUGCAGACAAUUUUAUGGUCCAUAAGGUAGAAGAGGCAACAAUAAGGCAGAAGAUGCCAAUAUUAAAAGACAAGGGAGUUAAAGAUGGAUGGGAGUUUUUUAAAAGUGAAAUACUCAAGGCACAAAUGCAAACAGUGCCAACAAAGAACAAAAAUAAGGUAAGUGCGAAGAAGCCAGAAUGGAUGUCAAAAGAACUUCUAACUGGGCUAAGACUCAAAAGAGACAUACACAAGAAGUGGAAAAGGGGAGAAAUCACCAAAGAAGAAUUCAAACGAAUAGCCAACUCCUGUAGGGAAAAAGUUUGCAAGCCUAAAGCGCAAAAUGAGCUCAGGCUUGCCAGAAACAUUAAAAACAACAAAAAAGGCUUUUUUUAUUACGUCGGUAGAAAAAAUAAGAACAAGGAGGCAAUAGGGCCUCUGUGAAGACAAGAUGGGGUGAUGAUGACAGGGAAUAGGGAAAAUGCUGAACUAUUUAAUGCCUUCUUUGCCUUAGUCGUCUCACAAAAAGAAAGCCAUCCUCAACCUCAGCAACAUGGAGUGGACAAAAGAUUAGGGGAAAUCGAACCCCCAAUAGGGAAACAAUUCAUCCUGGAAAACCUGGCCACUCUAAAUGAAUUCAAGUCCCCAGGGCCAGAUCAACUACAUCCAAGAGUAUUGAAGGAAGUAGCGGAAGUUAUUCCAGAACCACUGGCAAUCAUCUUUGAGAGUUCUUGGAGAACGGGAGAAGUCCCAGCAGAUUGGAGGAAGGUGAAUGUGGUCCCUAUCUUCAAGAAGGGGAAAAAGGACAACCCAAACAAUUACCAUCCGGUCAGCCUCACAUCGACACCCGGCAAGAUUCUGGAAAAGAUCAUUAAGGAAGUGGUCUGCGAACACUUAGAAACAAAUGCAGUCGUUACUAAUAGUCAACACGGAUUUAUCAAUAACAAGUCAUGCCAGAUGAAUCUGAUCUCUUUUUUCUAUAGAUUUACAAGCUGGGUCGAUACAGGGAAUGCAACAGUUUGGUUGUCAUUUGUAACCAUUUAUAUGAAAUUUAUAUUUGUUUAUUGUAUAUAAUACAAUGUUUAAUGAUAUUGUUAUUAUUCCAUUUAGUGGACACUUGUUAGUUCGAUACAGGGAACACCAUGGAUGUAGUGACAACCUUAUCACAAAGGCCAGGUGAAGCACCCCUCUUCUCCGCAUAAAAGAAGGGCAGAGGGCCAAAUCUGUCACCCCACGUGCCACUCCUCUUGCAGUGACCCUUCCCCCUCACACAUGGGAAGUGUUGCCCAAGUGACUCGGAUCCGUGCUGGCUCCGGGAUAUUGUGGGAUAGGUAGCUUGCCUAUCCAUUGCUGGACUGGUGGGGAAGCAUCCUAGGACUUCUCAAGCCCUUUCUGAUAAAGUGGUAAUCCUUGUUUCCACAACAAGCCUUUUUUUUUUUCCAAAAUCCAACUACCACAGGAAAGUGAGAUGAAAUCUUCUGAAGAGGGGCACAGACAGCAAAACAAAGACCACAGGGGUGUUAAGCCUUCCCUAUGCUAUCCAAGGCUAAUAUGUAUAUAUAUUUUGGAUGGAGUUCCACUUACAUACAAAUUCAACUUAAGAACAAACCUACAGAUCCUAUCUUGUUCCUAACUUGGGGAUUCCCUGUAUAUACUUCCUUGUAGUUCUUCCAAGUCUGGCCAUCAUCAGUAGUUCUUCCAAGUCUGGCCUUUUCUGCAAGUAAUAUAGAGUCACCUACGUACAGUACAUUAAACUGUUGGUGCCCCUUCUCCAGUUUUGAUUCCUACUUCCUCUGACUUUAAUCCUGCAAUUUUCCUUAGUUGUUAUGGGAAGGAAUGAUAUAGAAACAAAUAGUUAUUUAUAACUAGUUUGUUCUAGUUCUGGGCCUUGGGAGGUUUAUUUUUCAGUUUAAUCAAGAUUGCAGACAAUAUAAAAUCAGUCCUCCAUAUCCAUGAGUUCAGCCAUCCAUGACUUGAAAAUAUUUAUUUAAAAAAUCCAAAAGCAAACUUGGAUUUUAACAUUUUAUAUAAAUAACCUAUUAAUAAGCCUAUUAAACAUCAAAUUAGGUUAUAAUUUUACAAAUUAAGCACCAAAACAUCUUGUUAUACAACAAAUUUGAUAGAAAAAGUAGUUCAACACAUGGUAAUGCUAUGUAGUAAUUACUGUAUUUACGAAUUUAGGACCAAAAUAUCAUGAUGUAUUAAAAACAUUGUCUACAAAAAUGCGUUGGAUAAUCCAGAACGUUGGAUAAGCGAGUGUUGGAUAAGGGAGACUCUACUGUAUUUAGAAAGCCCAGUUGGAUGAUAUUUAAAUCUAAGUAAGUUCUGAUAGUUAUUCUCUCCCCCAGGAUCCUCAUAAGAGCAUAAUUUCAGGCAACAAGUGACUUGGAGAUGCUGACUCCGGGUUUCUGUUUUAAAUCUGCCUCACCUUCGCUGACGUAUAUGUCUUUGGCUGCCAUGUUGAAACCUGCUCGCACUUGAUGGUUGUGUCAUUCUUUUGGGUUACAGCCCUUUUGGAUUAAUUUGGGAAUUCAUACUGCUGCCAUGUGUUCCCUUUUUUCAUGGUUGGGAGAGGAUUAUUUUCUAACUCAGCAGGAGCUCAGCAGAAAUCAAGAGCUACUUGGAAGUAUUGCCAAGUUUGGCACUUUCAUACUUUAAAUUAACACGUAUUCACCUUUUUGUAUACUUACAGAGAGGAAAGGGGGUGUUAGAAUAUAAGAUGCCCAGCGCUUUGGCCAUUAACACUCACCAAAAACUUUUUAAAGAUAGCAGCCGUCUGGGCUAGAGAGAUGAUUGCACUUCUUUUGAAAUAAUGUUUGGAUAAAAAUAUCCCCAGACUUCAGGGGGAAAUCAAAUAAAAGUAAACAAAGCAAGAAUGUGUGUGUGCAAUACAGUGGCACAAAGAAAAUGUGGCAGCUAGACUAUUUCAUCUGCUUGAGAUGACUUUGAUUAUAAGUUCUUUAGCAGAAAUCCUCUUUUUGUUCAACUCUUAAUGGCAAAGUGGGUAUGUCUGUAUACUAUUAUGGAAUAUUUAAUGGUUCAGCAUUGGCUAACACAAUCAUUAUACUAUUUGCUUCCAGCGUGCUGCUCUUGAAAGAGCUUUGAGAAGUCCAGUGUGUAAAAUCAAUCAUCUCCACAAAGAGAAGUCCAGGAGACAUGCUUCAAAGGCAUAUUGGGGAAUUAAAGCAGAUUCAGAUUCGUUCUGAAUAUUUUUUCGUCAUUUGGCUAUUUUUCAUUCCUUUGGUAUAGAUUAAUAGUAUUCAAAACAUGCAACCAAUAAUAUGUAAGCUGUUAUUAUAUCGGCUUCUUCUAAACACUUGUUCUCAUUAUCCCUUUUCAAGAUGGCUAGCGUUUAUAGGUAUUGCAGUACACAUACAGAGGAUAAUGGGUUGAGGAAGGAUGAUUUAUUUAUCUUCUAUCUGUCUUUUUAAACUUUUAUUUUGAAUGUUUCAUAACUUCUUAUUUGAAAACUUGACUUCCUGUUUAUCUGUGAACAGAUACCAUUUUAAGGAUGCAGGCUUAUACCCAUUUAUCUAGAAUGAGUCCCUAUUGAAAUCAAUUAGACCUGCAUUUGAGAGGACAUGUUCUGGAUUGACCCACCGCCUGGUUGUUUUAAAUUCAAUAAUCUGUACUGUGGGAAAUCUUUAAAUAGGCAACUUUUUUAAAUUAGAAAAGGUCCUUCGGU